UAUCAAACUAAUCUUUCAUCCAAACACCAUAAAAGGCUAGAGUUAGUUCACGGUUAGUUCGGAAUUAGAAACUAACUCUAACCUCUAGCCAAGCUAGAGUAUUCAUUGGUUUGAUUACCCACGAAUGGCCACGAGCAAGACGGGUCCAUGGCCACGAAUUAAACGCGGCCUCACCUCCACGUACGUAAUCCGCAGUUCCCAUCCACGUGUCGCCGGCAACUCUAGCAGCGCCUCGUGCAACAUACUCAGAUACUCUACAGAACGGCCAGCGAACCGAACUGCCGACCGACCGGCGCAGCACGCCAUGAAGGCGUCGCUGAAGCUCCGGGACGAGGCGGGGCCGCUGCUCCGCGCGAAGCUCCCCGUCGAGCUCUUCUCCGUGCCCGCCGUCGCCUCGCUCACCGCCGGCGACCCGGCCGACCUCCGCCUCUCCCUCGCCACGGCCGUCCCGGCGCUCCCGUCCCUACGCCUCUCCUACGCGCCGAACCGCCCCGCGGGGUCCUCCCCGCUCUCCGCUUCGCUCGUCCUCGGCCACGGCCCCGGCGGCUGCCCCUCCGCGCCCGGCGCCUCCGCCAUCACCAUGGUCGUCGAGGUCAGCGCCGCGGGCGCGCUCUCAUUCUCGCUGGCCCUCAAGCCCUCGCUGGGAGACUUCGCCGUGCGCAAGCGGUUCUAUUCAGACGGCGGGGGCGGCGGGAUGUCGGCGUCGGUGGUGACGAUGAGGAGCGUCGUGCCGGUUCGCGGGGGCGCGGCAGCGGCGAGGGUCCGGUGGGGCGUGAGGAUACCCGCCGAGAUGACCGCCGGUGUGGAGGCCGGCAACGCCGGGGUGAUGCUGCGGAGGCUGCCUUUCUUGGUUCUCGGCAAGGUCACGGUGGAGAGGCGGGCGGGGAAGUCGGCGCCGGAGGUUGCGCGGCAAGAGGAGGCGGCGGUGGAGAAGGUGAGGAGAGAGAACGAGAAGCUGAGGCGGGAGGUCCACGGGCUCCGGGCGACAGCUGGGCAGAGGAGAGAGAAUGAGACAGCGGCGUUGGCCGCUGCCGGCCGGAGCAUUGGCGGAUGGUCGCCAGGGAUGAGUACGAAACGAGAUGGCGUUGAUGUAGGCCAGCAAGUGAAUCCUGCCCGCUAGAUUGUUGAACCUGGGAUUUAUCCAUUUCUUCCUUUUCUGGUUUGCCAAUAACAGUAUAUGCUACGAGUGUAUUUGUAUUAGCCUAUGAGCAUAUUGUACAUAGUAUGUUGCAAAUAGAAGCAAUGUGAAAACAGGACAACUUGAAUA